AAAAAAAAAGGUUCCUUUUGUUCUUUUUUUUCCCCACUUUUAUCAAACUUUUACAAUUUAGGUUUGAUCGACUCACUGUUUUGUUUUCAAAUUCAACCCCAAAUUUAUUAUUAGUUUAUGCUGAGAGAUUCGAAGAGGGUUCUGUUCUGUGUAGAAAACUGAACUAAACAUACAAUUACAGCUCAGUCAUUGCUCUAUCUUUCGCUACUGAGAUUAGGGUUCUUCUUCUCUACUGUUGUUACUGCUUUAUCGAUUACUGUUGUUGUUGUAAUUUAUAUAAUGGAGGAGACUAUUCAAGCUCAAGAACAUGAUGAUUCGCCUCAACAUUAUCAUCAUCAGAAAGAAGAGUGUGAAGAAGAAGAAUCAUCUUUAGUGCAGCAACAAUCGAGAAGGCCGAGCCUCUCCUCUCUGCAAAUACCUACAAGGUCCAUGGAAAGCACAUUGUCCAAUUUCACAAGCAUUGAUACUCCUCAGGUGCCAAGUCCUAGUUCUACCAGAUCAGGACUUCCCCCUAGGCCGAGUUCAGUCAAGUUCAAAUCGUCCAUGAGAAAUCUACUUCCUCAGAGAAGCUUCAGGGGUAAAAACUUGUCUCAGGAUGGUGAGAAGACAGUUCUCAUCAUCCCAGAAACACCUCCAUCGGAUAGGCCCUCUACUUCAUUCUCAAGGACAUUUUCUCUCAACAAGGUCUUUUUCUCUUCAUCAACCAAAUCACCCCAUUCUUUACCAGUGACACCAGUUUCAAAUUCGUCUAUCAAGUCUGCAAAUGAAAGGAAUCUGGAUGACCAUUCUGAAUUCUCUAAACCAGAAAGUCAACAUCAUAUGAGGCGUUCAUUUUCAGUUCCAGUAAAUAUCAAAGCCAGAAGCUUGAGGCGGACGGAUUCUACUGGUGGUUUGAUCCGUGUAAUAUCAGUGACACCUCGUCCUGUAACAGUUGUUGGUGCCUCUCCAAGUGAAUCCAGAGAAACGGAAAUCGCCAGUGAUCGUGCUGGGGAAGAUAUUCCCGAAGAGGAAGCUGUUUGUAGAAUUUGUUUGGUUGAACUUGGUGAAGGUGGUGAAGUUCUAAAGAUGGAGUGCAGCUGCAAAGGAGAGCUUGCACUUGCUCACCAAGACGAUCUUUUUUGCCUUUUGUGA